AUGCAUCCCUCAACAUUGCCGAUUGAACUCGCAUUCUCUGGGCCUGCAUUGGCUGUCAGAUUCACAAGUCCCCCGCCCCCUCUUACUGGAACGGCGGCGGAUUUCGGGGCAAACCCAGUCUACGCCGAGGGCUCCGCCAUUGAAGCCGCAUGGACAGACACCGAGGACAACGACAUUCCGUUCUCGGUUGUCGUUUACCAGGCCGACAGCUCCAACGGCGACAUACCGGCCAACCAGGCGUUUGAGUACGUCGUCCACAAUGCCGUGAAUAUCUCAAGCAGCCAUUGGGUCGUUGCGACGGCAAAGAACCUGGCCUUCUCAAACGUCUUUGUUCUCAGCAUCUUCUUCCAAGGGGACACGGCGGGGAGAGCACUUUCGCAUUUCUUCAACAUUUCGUCCAAGUUUACCGACCAGGGUCCGCAACAGGCGACACAGACAGUCACCGUGUCGGCCACUGCCACCCUUACGUCUUCUAGUACUUGGGCUGCUGCAUCAACACCAUUGGAGGCCAAUGAUGGCACCUUAGGCACAGCAGCCAAGGUUGGCCUGGCGGUAGGGGUUGUAGCAGCCUUGGCUCUGGGGAUUGUUGUGGGCUGGUUUUUGGCUAGGCGGAACAGGAGCGGUAAUGGUUAUCGAUCAGAGAAGGGCAUGAGGGGCAGUGACACCGGACUUCAAACCUGCGCGACUGCGGGGUUGGGCAUAACCUCUGGAGGAGAGGCUGCUGUUCCGGAAAAGGAUACGCGUAUGCUACCUCAAAGACCGCGUGGUCGCGACAUCGGGGUCCGUAACCCUCGUCUCUAG